CCUUUUCCCACCAUCCGUCGAGCUGAAAAAGGGGAAUCUGGAGAAAUUCCAUUGGCCGAGGAAAUCCAGCCGCACGCCGCGACCUUCGCUUCCGUCUCCGGCCUGCGCCUCCCCUUCCCCAUCUUUGUGGGAGCUCCCGAUUCGAGGGAGGGGACCACUCGCCGCCUCCUGCUCCGCCGCGGAUCAACGCCGUCGCCGAUCGGAGGCCCUUGCUUCCCCCGGGGGCGGCGGCGGGAGAUGGACGGUGGCACGGGGGCAGGGGGGCACGGCUCCGGCCGGAGGAGCGUCUCCUCGUCCUCUGGCUCCAGGAGGAGGGGGGCGCCCGCUGAGAACGGUCACGGCCACGACGGCGUCGGCUCCAGGCGGUCAUCCGCCUCCAUCUCCCGGGGCGCCUCAUCGUCUAUGACCAGCGAGAGAACUGUGAAGAGGCUCAGAUUGUCCAAGGCACUGACAAUACCUGAUCACACAACUGUGCAUGAGGCUUGUCGGAGGAUGGCCUCUCGCAGAGUUGAUGCCGUGUUGCUUACCGACUCCAAUGCUUUGCUAUGUGGGAUCCUUACUGACAAGGACAUAACCACACGGGUGAUUGCUCGUGAAUUGAAGAUGGAAGAGACACCAGUUUCAAAGGUCAUGACUAGAAACCCGGUUUUCGUUCUCUCUGACACACUUGCCGUCGAGGCAUUGCAGAAGAUGGUGCAAGGUAAGUUCAGACAUUUACCUGUUGUGGAGAAUGGUGAAGUCAUUGCACUGCUGGACAUAGCCAAGUGCCUGUAUGAUGCUAUUGCACGAAUGGAAAGGGCAGCAGAGAAAGGAAAAGCUAUUGCCUCUGCUGUUGAGGGUGUAGAAAAGCACUGGGGAACAGCUGUAUCUGGUCCCAACAAUUUUAUUGAAACUCUUCGAGAGCGGAUGUUUAGGCCAUCACUGUCUACCAUUAUUUCUGAGAAUUCAAAAGUAGUCACUGUUGCGCCAACAGACACGGUGUUGACAGCAUCGAAGAAAAUGCUGGAACUGAAAGUGAGUUCAGCAGUUGUAGCAAUUGAAAACAAGCCUGGGGGAAUUCUCACCUCUAGAGAUAUAUUGAUGCGUGUUAUUGCCCAAAAUCUUCCUCCUGAGUCAACUACAGUCGAAAAGGUCAUGACUCAGAGUCCUGAAUGUGCCACGGUUGAUACCCCAAUCCUCGACGCCCUUCACACAAUGCAUGAUGGAAUUUUUUUACAUUUGCCUGUUUUAGACAGGGAUGGAAAUGUUGUAACUGUUGUUGAUGUUCUUCACAUAACUCAUGCUGCAAUUGCAAUGGUUGGAAACAGUGGAGGAACUGGUUCCGAGACAACAUCUGCCAUGAUGCAGAGGUUCUGGGAUUCAGCUAUGUCCAUUGGACCUCUUGAUGACGAUGAUGACUCUAGAAGUGAAGGAUCAACGAAAGUGGCAUCUGAGGCAACAGAUAUAGGAAGAUCAGCUUUUUAUACAGCUUCUGGUUUAUCAAACACAUUUGGGUUCAAGAUUCAGGAUAAGCAAGGCAGGAUGCACAGAUUCAACUGUGAAACAAGCAGCUUGACGGACCUGAUAACUAGCAUUUUUCAGAGGGUUGGCGAUGACAUUGAUAGAAGAAACCUCCCUCAAAUUUUGUAUGAAGAUGAGGACCACGAUAUGGUCGUACUUUCAUCAGACAGUGACCUUAUAGCUGCUGUAGACCAUGCAAGACAGAUCGGUUGGAAGAGCCUAAGGUUGCACUUGGAUAAUGCUGGUGUUGGCCGCCGGAAGAGAGGGGGCGCUUCUUCAGAUUUUGAAUACGCUGGAAAGGAUGCAUGGGCUUCCUCGUACAGCGCCGUCGCCGCUGGAGCAGCUCUUGUUGCAGGCCUUGGCGUGAUGGCUUACCUGAAAAGGGCAGGGUAAGCUUCCAGACACGACAGGGAGCACGCUUUCGUCUUCACGAUACAAAUGUAAGGAAAAAAUGAAUCUGUAAUAAUAUUGUCACGGCAGUGGAUGAUCGCCUACGUACAUGUUGUACACGGUGUUGAUCAAAUUUUGGUGGUUUAAGUGUCUGUUUGUUUUAGUUUUGGAUUCUGGAAAGCAGAAUUUAGAUUUCAGAUUUUAAAAAGCUGGAUUGUAAAUAGCCGAGGGUCCAGAAGGAUUCUGGGAUGGAUUAAAUUUUGUUUUGAUUGCGUAAUGUCUAUAAUACCUUUAGUUUUUUAAGUGUAUAGUUAUGUCUAUUUAAGAUUUUCUUUUAUUGUAUAUUUUGAGUAUAGUAUAUUUUCUUUCAUUGUA